UCUUCUCUCCCUCCUCCGCCUUCCCGUGGUAUCCAUUCCUGGUUCUUCAAGUUCCAGCAACACUUCAUCGUUGUGAGCAUUGAGUACUCCCUUCCAGCCUGCACUGCAGACAUUAGUAGGCGGCGAGAUGAGAAAGUCCUGCGAGUGCUGCAAGAGAUACUGGACUCAUUUGCAUGGAAAGGUCAAGUGUUUCUUCACCCACAUGGACAGAACCUCUAGCCAUAGCAUGGUCAUACCAGAGAGCUUUGUGAACUAUUUUGGGUGGAAGCUAUCAGGAACCAUUGAACUAGAAGCCCCCAAUGGUAAUGUGUACGAUGUCGGAAUUACUGAGCGUAGGAACAAAACAGUACUCCGAUCUGGGUGGGAGGCGUUUGUGGACGCGAAUCAUAUAGUAGAAAGAGACUCGCUGAUGUUCCGAUACCAUGGAAAUUGUCGCUUCAAGGUUGUGGUCUUUGGUGCUAGUGGUUGUGAGAAAGUGGUGUCAUGUUCUGCUCGCACACAGAGCAAUAUCAAUGAUCAAGAACCAAGCACAAAUUCUACAGACAUUUCAACCAGUUCCAGUGAUGGUAAUACUCAUUCGUCAGCACGAGGACGAUCGGAUGAUUGCCAGAGUGGAAGCUCAGGCCAUUGUCGAAAACGAGCAAGGAAAGAUGCAAUACCUUCUCGGUCAGAGGAUUUGUCAGAAGACAGUCCAUGUGAGCACGAGUCAUCUGAAUCGGAAGAUACUAAACGUAUUGGAAUAACACCCGACCAUGAUGAUACAGACCCAUACAUGAUGUCACUGGGUGCCCGUCUAUCCCAAAUGCAGAGGAAGAAAGUUCUGAAGAAAGUUGGAGCCAUUGCAUCAGAUCUGCACAUCUACGUCGCAGUCAUGACCACGACCAGUGUCCGUGCCGCCCUAACCUUUGCCACACAAUACUGUGACACGUACCUUCGGAAGGGGAGCCGGAGUUUGGUGUUUCAGGCAGAGGGGAAGAGCCAGCAAUGGCAUGGUGAGUUGCACGACACCAAUCGUGCCCUGAGGAUAUUUGGAGGCUGGACUUCUUUUGCGAGAGACAAUAACCUGCGGGAGGGGGACAUCUGCCUCUUCGAGCUGAUGAAAAACAAGGUGGAACUGAAGCAGAAGAUGAUGGUCUAUAUCAUUCGCCGUGAGCGUUGCUAGUUUAGUUUCACGCUCUUGACAAGAGGAAUAGAGGUCUCUCCUCUUUGUGCUGGCAUUUUGUAUGUUGCUGAUGGUGGGGCUCUUUGCUGCUUUUGUGAUCUGAAAGUAGAACUGUGGGCAUGGCCAGCCAUUCUCUGGAGUGAGUAAGAAACCUAUAUCUGUAGUAGCUUAGUUUCAAACAGACAGUGAUUUCUUACUUCA